UUGCAGCAUACAUAACCAGCGCUUUGAAAUACGAUUGCAACUAUAUCGCCCGCAUCCGUCAACGUUUCACGACGCUAUCCGCUUCACUUUUGCUUUGAUCCAGAAGGGAUUAUUCACGAAGAUGGCGGACAACAGUACAUACAUGUCUAAAGGACAACUCGAGGACUACCUUGCUUCCCUCCGAAGCCAACGAGCUCCUCGACCAACAGGCGGCCGUCCCCUCCCCUCUUCCGCCGGUGCCCGACAAAUUGCACAGCAGAAGGAAUACGGAAAUAUGGACGACGUUAUUGCAGAUUUGUCGACGCUUACUGGGACGACAAUGAAGAUCUCGGAGAAGCCGAGGGCGACGAGCGGGAUGAAUGCGCCCCUACCGGUGAAUCCGGCGAUGAAUGCACCCCCACCCGCGGCGGAGAAGCCGACGCAUGUAUCGUUGAGGACUACGCCGCUUGUAAGGGCGUUGCAGGGUGGAGCAGGGGGUGUAAGGGGACCUAAACCGGAGUUACCAACGAAGAAGCCGGAGUUGAGGGGAGGACUUAGGCCGUUGCCGGGUGGACCGCCAGUUAGGGGGUCACCGCGUGUUGAUCCGGGACCUGUACCGAAGCCGAGUGUUUUGUCUAAGCCUGCCGCGCCUGUUAGUGUGCCUCAAUCUACCAUUACGCCGACGGAGGAUGAGACGCGGGAUUGGAGGACUGCACCUGCUGCUGGGCGGACUACGAUUCCGAAGAUUGAGGUGGAUGAGGAGGAUAUUAGGAUGAAUGUGCGUGGGAUGGAUGGGAACUAUUCGAUGAGGAAUGGGGUUCCUGCAAUUACGGUCUUCACAGACGAGCGACCGGCUGUGCCGUCGAUUAACGUGGCCUCGCCACCAACCGUCCCGGCCAUCAGCGUUGGUGAUGCAGACGAACUACUUGAUGGUGUUCAGCCGCCGAAGGUCAUCCCUCGUCCUGCUUCUCCGCCGGCUAAUCCUAAAUCCUGUGCUCGCUGCCAUGGAUCGACAACCUCUGGUAGGGUCAUCACCACCCGUGGACUCCGCUUCCAUCCUUCAUGCUUCACCUGCUCGCACUGCAGUACCAACCUUGAGUUCAUCGCCUUCCACGUCCACGAAGGUCGGUUGUAUUGCCAGCUCGAUUUUCACGAGCUGUUCUCGGAUCGCUGCGCGCAGUGUGACACGCCUAUCGAGGAUGAGAUCAUCUCCGCCCUGGGAAAGAAGUACCACCCUGGACAUUUCUUCUGCGCCGAAUGUGCACGCCCUUUAUCGUCCGGAACGAUUACCCCUACUGUCAAGGCUGUUUCGAGAAAGUCACCGCUGAGCGGUGUGAGAGGUGUCGCUUACCCAUGACCGACAGAUACUUGGCAGCAUUGGGAAAGAAGUUCCAUGAAGCGUGUUUCAAGUGUGGGACUUGUGGAACUAAAUUGGAGGGCGGGUUCCAUGAGGAUGAGGGGGUUGCCAUGUGUGAUGGGUGUUUUAGGAGGGUGAUUAUUGCGAGAAGUGAGCGGAGAUGAAGGGGGGGGCAUUGGUGAAAGUGUAGAGCGGGAGAAGGUGUUACGGAAUGGCGUUUGGUGCAAGAUCCU